AACUGAACGAUAACCCAGUUCAGUUACAGUAAAGAUCAGCUCUCCAAUCCACCCCCUCAUACAAUCAAUGUUGAUGACCACGAAGGACGUCAUGAAAAUGGGAGCGAAGUUACCCUCUUGACCGCUCACCCUCUCACAUACAUGUAUAGAUAGAAAUAUAUAUUGAAUAACCCGAUCUUAGCUUCUGAGAUUCAAACUCUCAAUCAAUAACCAACAAGCCCACUGUAUUUUACAAUCCAGACCAAAACCAAAUCCGUUCAUCUCAACCGCGUCUACUUCCACAGAAUAAUAGAUAAAAGGAAAGACAAUGAAGCGUCUCACAAUCGACCCCUCAACCUCGGGCCCCCCAACAACCCUUCAAACCACACCCCCCUCUUCCCUCCCCCCAGCAUCCCAAACAAAACUCCACCCCACAAACCCCCCAUCUUCCCCCAAAGACACAAACGCAACCCUAACCUUCAUCGGCACCGCAACCACAAUCCUAGAAUGGAACAACCUCCGCAUCCUCACAGACCCAAACUUCCUCCACGCAGGCGACCACGUGCACCUGGGUCCCGGCGUAACCGCAACGCGGCAAACGAACCCGUCCAUCGACCUCGCCGCGCUCCCGAGGAUCGACAUAGUGCUGCUAAGCCACUACCACGAAGACCACUUCGACCGAGAAGUCGAAAGCAAGCUCUCGAAACACAUCCCCAUCAUCACGACGCCGCACGCGAAGCAAUGUCUGACGGCCACGAGCAAGAAAGCCGAGGGCGAAGCGUUUACCGCCGUGCAUUCGCUAGACCAUUUCGAGAGUAUGAUGGUGGAUGUCAAAGGCAGCGAGAUGGGCGGGGCGGGGAACACGGCCUGUGUCAAGGUCACUGGUAUGCCUGGGAAACACGUCCCGCCGGGCCCCCUGGCCCUCGCCAAUGACCUCCUGGGCGCCGUGCCCCCGACAAACGGGUGGAUGGUGGAACUCGGGUACGGAUCUGCCUCGAAUCCUCGGGACUUUGAAAACGGGUAUCGGAUCUACAUCUCGGGCGAUACGCUGAUGGUCGAUGAACUAAAGGAGAUCCCGCAGCGGUAUGUAAGGGAGGAAGGCGGGAAAGUGGAUUUGAUGUUGGUGCAUCUAGGCGGGACUACGAUUCCAGGGAAGAGCAUGCCGUUGUUGAUGGUCACGAUGGAUGCGGAGCAGGGGGUUGAGCUGAUGAGGUUGGUGGAUCCUGAUGUGACUAUCCCCGUGCAUUUUGAUGAUUAUGAUGUUUUUCUGUCGCCGUUGGAAGAUUUCAAGAAGGCGGUUGAGGAAGCGGGGUUGGGGGAUAGGGUUGUGUAUUUGGAGAGGAGCGAUGAGUAUAGGUUUGAGGUGAGGCAGGGGAUUGAGGCGGCGGGGAAGGUGCAGUGA